AUGAUCAUUUUCAAGGAUAUCCUCACCGGUGACGAGGUCAUGUCGGACUCAUACGACAUCAAGGAGGUCGACGGUGCCGUCUACGAGGUCGACUGUUCCAUGAUUACCCUGGGCGCGGUCGAAGUCAACACCGGUGCCAACGCAUCUGCUGAGGAGGCCGAAGAGGGUGUUGAGGACGGAGCUCAACAAGUCAACAACGUUGUCAACUCUUUCCGGUUGCAAUCUACCCAAUUCGAUAAGAAAUCGUAUCUCAGCCACUUGAAGGGAUACAUGAAGAAGGUCAAGGAGGCUCUGAAGGAGAAGGGAGCUAGCGAGGAGACCAUCAAGGCGUUCGAGACUGGUGCUCAGGGAUAUGCCAAGAAGAUCGUCGCCAACUUCAAGGACUACGAUUUCUACACUGGCGAGUCAAUGGAUGUCGAUGGAAUGGUUAUUCUUAUGAAUUACCGUGAAGAUGGAGUUACCCCUUUUGUUACCAUCUGGAAGCAUGGCCUUACCGAGAUGAAGGUCUAG